UUCUAAGAUUUUAAACUUAUUAGUAUUUGUUUCAGGAGCAGAAAAGUAAUCUAAGAAAGUUCUAUUUUUGCAGUGUAGUUUUACGAUUGAAUAUAGUUUUAUUUAUGUUGUAACAAAUGUCGUGUCACUGUCACUUAAUCCGAUCGUAUUCCCGUAUAAAUAAAUGUAGCUUAUAUUGUAAUGGUUAUCGUAAAAUAUAUAUAUAUAUAUAUCGUUAAAUUGUAUACCUAUUGCCCAUAUUCACCACAUGCAUUGAAAUUAAGAUAUUUUUUAGAAACAUAUUAGGUUUUUAAGUAGAAUCUACAGGUUUCAAUAUGAUUCAUAGCCUGUUCAUGAUAAAUACCCACCAUGAUAUUUUCAUGGAAAAGCACUGGAAAACUGCCGUGAAACGGUCAAUUUGUGAUUACUUCUUUACUGCUCUGGAAAAGGCAUCUAGUCCUGAAGAUAUACCACCAGUUAUCACUACCCCACACCACUACUUGAUAACAGUUUACAGAGACAGGUUGUACUUUGUAUCUGUGAUCGCUAAAGAAGUUCAACCUUUAUUCGUCAUUGAGUUUCUGCAUCGUAUAAUGGAUACCUUCGUGGAAUAUUUCAACGAAUGCACUGAGAGAGUGAUCAAGGAGAAUUAUGUUGUAGUGUACGAGCUUCUAGAAGAAAUGCUGGAUAAUGGUUUCCCUCUUGCCACCGAAAGUAAUGUGUUAAAAGAAUUGAUUAAACCACCGAAUAUUUUACGUACUGUUGUGAACUCAGUAACAGGCCAAAGCAAUGUUGCGGAUCAUUUGCCGACAGGUCAGCUUUCAAAUGUUCCGUGGAGAAGAACUGGAGUCAAAUACGCAAGCAAUGAGGCUUACUUCGAUAUCACAGAAGAAGUUGAUGCAAUUAUUGAUAGAUCUGGAUCCACUGUCUUUGCGGAAAUCCAUGGGAGUAUUGAUGCUUGUGUUAAACUUACAGGGAUGCCGGAUUUGACGUUAUCGUUUGUAAAUCCAAGGAUGCUGGAUGAUGUGAGUUUUCAUCCUUGCAUCCGCUUCAAACGCUGGGAGACGGAGAAGGUUUUGUCAUUUGUCCCCCCAGAUGGUAAUUUCACCCUUUGCUCAUAUCAUAUUGGAUCUCAAGGAAUGGUAUCUAUACCGAUAUAUGUAAAGCACAAUGUUCAUUAUGCUGGUACUGGGGGGAAGUUUGAGGUCUCAGUUGGAUCUCGGCACACAAUGGGAAAAAUUAUAGAGGAUCUAAAAAUCUCAGCAAUAAUGCCAAAACAGGUAACCAAUGUAAACCUCAUGCCAAGUCAGGGAGAAUACAGCUACAAUCCUGUUGAAAAGGAAGUGGUUUGGGAUGUAGGAAGAAUGGCUCCUGGUAAACCUCCAUCAAUUAAAGGGGUUUUAAGCUUGCAGGCUGGAGUNCCAGCCCCAGAAGNANNNNCAACACUUACAGUGCAUUUUCGGAUACAGCAGUUGGCAAUUUCAGGUCUGCGUGUUAAUAGACUCGAUAUGUAUAGUGAAAAAUACAAGCCAUUCAAGGGGGUGAAGUAUAUUACCAAAGCUGGGAAGUUUCAAGUCCGUACCUAAAGAUCUGUUUAUGUUUAGGCGAGAAAUUAUAUAAAUGACUACAAAUUUUAGAUGUUGGUUUUUACCAAAUCAUCUGUAAAACGUUACUUUAUUUGUUGUUGUAGUAUGUAUACAACGUAUAACUACAAAAAUUAGGAAUAAGUAAAAGACAAUAAAUAAAGGACAAAGGUAGAAGUGAAAAAAAGAGUUUAUUGGGCUCCAGAAAUAUAUUGUAUAACCUUAGUUUUGUAUGUUAAGUGAGUGUAAACCAUAAAGCAUGGUUGAAAUAAUGUAGGACAACAUUAGGAGAUUUAGUUAGCUUAACAAAUAAAAACAAAUAUUAAAAGUUCAAUUUAACCACAAUUUUAUAAUAGGCUAAUGUGACAGGUUGUGGGAAACUUAUAAAUUGUUCUAACGUAAAGUUGUUUGUAGCUAUGUGAUAUUGUUGUGUACUUGUGUUCAUAUAUUCUUUGUUGGACUGCAUCCACCAAUCAUGCAAUAAAUACUAAAACAGC